AUGCCUCCAGCAAGGGCGCCGAGUGCCCUUCUGCUGCAUUCAUUGAGGUCUUUGAACUUCGAGACUCCUCUACUCGGUGCUUCGGCGCGGUCGCUCACCACCACAAGCUCCACGCGUGAAGAAGCAGAAGCCCAAAAACCGUCCUUUUAUCGAAACCCAGAUCCUGCCACGGUUUUUGUGCCACGACUUGAAAGAAAACUGAGCAGAGAGGGAAAGCCACCGAUCGGAUCACGAAGACGGCGUGCGGCCCUCGCACAAUCUCCCGGCAUUGCUUUUGAUCAGUUGCCUUACCAAUGCUUCCAAGAAGCUCGCAAGAUCCUCAUUGAGGACAGAGCGGAAAAAUUGAAAAAGAUAGAGACGGAAAGAGCUCGCAUUGCUCGCCUUCAGGAUGUCGAUCCGAGCACGUUUCCAGGCGGCGAGGUCUACAAACAAAGGAGAUUGCGGAGUAUGCAAGCAGAGCUGGAGCAAUUGAAGAUAUUGGCUGACAUCAACGAUCCCAACGUCAAGCGGCGAUUCGAGGAUGGCAAAGGCGAUAUGAACAAACCCAUCUACAGAUAUCUCGCCGAACGGAAAUGGCGGGAGUACCCAAGGAAAAUCCUGGUUCAGCGGAUUACGCAGAUGAAUGUGCUGCCCGACGUGAUUCCAAAUUGUGAUCCCAUUCUGGACGUCAAAAUCUCGUUCGGCAAGAAGGCUGUACCACCGGGCGACUUUGUUGAGUCACACAUAAGCGAAAACCCGUGUCAGCUUGUUUUACAACCCUUUGACCGAGGCGAGAAGAUGGUCACCAUUGCCAUCGUCGAUCCAGACGUCCCAAACACCGAGACCGACAGUUUCGAAACUAGAUGUCACUUUCUAGCAUCCAACAUCACUGUCUCAGCUACCCAAACCUUGGUCGAUCUCGCCAAAUUCUCCGCGGAUGCUCAGGUCCUGCUUCCGUGGCUGCCACCUCACGCACAAAAGGGUAGCCCUUAUCAUCGAUUGUCCAUCAUUGUCUUGCAGCAAAAGGACAACAUUCCUAUCGACCUAGAGGUUGCUAGGAAGAAGGUCGAAAGAAACGGAUUCUCCACCCGCAGCUUCAUGAGCAGGCAUAUAUUGAGCCCCAUCAGCGCGUCUCUCUUCAGAACUCAAUGGGACGACAGCACUGCGGCUGUUAUGCAGAGAGCAGGUCUUGCAGGCGCCGAUGUCGAGUUGAAGAGAAAGAAGGUCGAGCCUCUGCCCUAUAAGAGGCGCAAUCCAAGCAGCUUCAGAUAG